AGCUCGCCGCUACGGGUGCAUCUCGCGGCAGUUCGCGGUCGCCUUCUAAAGCAAGCUCAUUAGUCGCUCAGCAGCACCGGCACCGCGACAGAUUUUUUUUCUUCAGCCUUUUUUUCGUACACGCCCGCCGAUCUCGAAAAAAUCUUUGAGGACUCAAACGGACCGAACUCAUUCCUUUUUCUCGAGUGUCAAUUUCUCUCUCACUUUUCUUUCUCAAUUUUAUCCUUCAUUUUCUUUUUUUUUUAUUACACGUUAAUUUUCUCUCUGUCUAAUUUUCACAUAGACACACACAUACAAAAGUCCUUCCUUCUAUCUCCAUCUAAUUUGUUUUUCUCUAUUUUUCUUUUUCCCUUGUCCUUUUCAACAAAACAAAUUAUUCGAUCGAGUUUUCGUUACCAUCGUUGUAUCGUUAUAGAACAUGUAACGAUACAUGAUAGACGAAGAUAAAGGUAAUAAAAGAAUUAAGAAGAGUUACUUUGAAUUAUCGUAAGGAAUUGGAGGUGCACGUGCAUGAGGUAGCUCGCAACAAACGGGGGAGCGUCGAACUUCGUUCGAGGGUUACGAGUAAAGGAAAGCAAGCGUGCAACGAGGAGUCGAGUCGAAUGUCACGGACUAGGUCGAUCAAAGUGUCGUGGCAUUAAUAGAGAUCGGAAGAGUUUUCGGAUGGAGAACGAUGUUGUAUCACGUAGGGCGUGACUUUUGUCAUCGGGAGUGAGGCAGUAUCGGAAGAGGAGAUCGUCCUUGGAAGGAGAGGCCAAAUUAUAGAAAUACGAAAACGUACGGAAACAUACAGACAGAUAGAGAGAUAGAAAGAAAGAAAAAAUAGAGAGAGAGAGAGAGAGAGAGAGAGAGAGAGAGAGUUAUAAUACAAAGAUUAAUUGAUUUCGAUUGGUCGAAAGAGAAAAAGAGCUAGUGAAAAAGAAGAAGAACAAGAAGAAGAACGAGAAGAAGAAGGAGGAGGAGGAGGAGGAGGAGGUUGUAAAAGCUCUCUCUCUCGUAGUAAAAAGAGUAGAACGUGCUUUCGAGCAGCACGCUGUGUGGGCGUCGAGGUGAACGGAGGUCAUCGACACGACGUCGAUGAAGACCUAAAGAAUAAUAAUUGCAAGAGGACAUUGGUACCGAAUAGAAGAUCGGUAGUAGUACCUAGUAAAACAGAUUUUUUUCUUUUUUUUUUGCUUGCUUGGUUGUCAUCGUCGUCAUCGUCGUCGUCGUCGUCGUCGUCGUCGUCGUUGUCGUCGUCGUCGUCGUCGUCGUCGUCGUCGUCGUCGGCCGAUGACCAACGUCGAGACAACGUUUCGACGUUAUACACUCAAGUUUCCGAUGCUGCAGCCACCCUCUCCGCUCUUGGAGAUGGCGUCCUUGCGUUUACCGGACUCGGAGGAGUUCGACGUUGAAACGCGUCGUAGGAGCAACAACGGCAACAUGCUACCUACGACGAUACCUACCGUUCCACCUGGAACCGGUAGCUUUCAACAGAUCAAGAACGAUCUUGGUGAUUACUUAAACAAUUUAUUGGUCGAGGCCAUUACCAUUAGUCCUAGCCGUAGUGAAGGAGCACCCUCUAUGGAGGAACAAACUGGACUUUUCAACGCAAGUAAAACUGCUAAUAUUUCGACGAUCGAACAAUUACCUGAUCGACUCUACAGGCACAGCAUGGCGAUGUCCGCGGUUUAUUGCGUGGCCUACGUUCUUGUAUUUGUCGUUGGUCUUAUCGGGAAUAGUUUCGUAAUAGCUGUCGUUUACCGUUCACCCAGGAUGAGGACCGUCACUAAUUUUUUCAUCGUCAAUCUUGCCGUGGCCGAUGUCUUGGUCAUCGUAUUUUGUUUACCGGCAACACUGAUGAGCAACAUAUUUGUCCCGUGGUUCCUAGGAUGGUUCAUGUGUAAAGCAGUGGCUUAUAUACAGGGUGUAUCGGUUGCUGCUUCGGUUUACAGUCUCGUUGCAGUUUCACUCGACAGGUUCCUUGCAAUCUGGUGGCCGCUGAAAUGUCAGAUAACAAAACGACGGGCGAGGAUGAUGAUAGUCGUGAUCUGGUUCAUCGCAUUGACGACGACGUCGCCCUGGUUGCUAUUUUUCGAUUUAGUAUCGAUUUACGACGAUGAUCCAGACCUAAGAUUAUGCUUGGAAAUAUGGCCACGUCCCGAGGACGGUUCCCUAUUCUUUUUGAUAGGCAACUUGACUCUCUGUUAUGUCUUACCAAUGAUCCUUAUAUCACUUUGCUACAUCUUAAUCUGGAUAAAAGUUUGGCGUAGGCAUAUACCAACCGAUACGAAGGAUGCCCAAAUGGAACGGAUACAACAAAAGUCCAAGGUCAAAGUGGUGAAGAUGUUGGUAGUCGUCGUUAUCCUAUUCGUCCUAUCUUGGCUACCACUCUACGUGAUAUUCGCAGUAAUAAAAUUAGGAGGUGACGUUGCCGAACAAGAAGACGAGAUAUUACCGAUCGCAACACCGAUAGCACAAUGGUUGGGUGCAAGCAAUUCCUGUAUCAAUCCGAUCCUCUAUGCAUUUUUCAACAAAAAAUAUCGACGUGGUUUCGUAGCGAUAUUAAAGAGCGGCCGUUGUUGCGGUAAACUGAGAUAUUACGAGACCGUAGCAAUGAUGUCUUCGUCAACGAGCAUGAGAAAAUCAUCCUAUUACGUUAACAACAACAACAAUAACAAUAAUAAUUCUUCUACGAGACGUGCAGCUUGUCAUGGACCACCUGUUCAUCAGGAUAGCAAUGUUUCCUACAUAUUCAAUCAUACCGGUGUUUAAAACGAACAAACAAAAAACCUCUAGGUUGAUAAUAAUCUUUACCAUCUUGUUCUGCACCACUCAGAAAAAGAGAGAGAAGAAAAGAGAGAAAGAAAGAGAUAGACAAAUUAAGAAUGAGAGUGACAGAGAGAGAAAGAGAUAGAGAGAGAGAGAGGAGAGAAAAAAAAGAGAUAGAAAUAGAUAUAUCCUGAUUAAAAAGAGUCGACUAAAAAGAAAUCGAAUCGAUCGAAGAAGGUGAAGAUGAAGCUAAAGAUGGCGGUGGAGUUAAAGGAGUGAAAGCAUAUAAAGGCUGCUGUUUUUAGCCGAACGACAGGGACUCGACUUGGUCGAGGGUCUCUAGGCCGGGUCUGAGGCCUGCGCUAUGACUACUAACGGAUUAUUUUUUCUAUCCCAACGAAACGCCGACACCGAGAUUCUGGGUCAUCCGUGAUCGUCACGAUUGUUACUCGGGUUGGAAGUCGAUGAUGAUAAGAAGAUGAAAGAAAUACAAAGAUAGAUGAGAAUGGCACGUUCAGUUAAUUCGACGAUACGAAUAAAUAAACUCGACGAAUAUCCUCCCAUAUAUACUCGUUACAUCAACUCGAGUAUAUUUAUCAAGGAUAAAAAGAAUGGGAUGAUGGAUAAUACAGGAUUAGAUCCAUCGAGAUAUUAAAUACUCCGGACACGGUUUACGAAUAAACGAAGAUUUUCACGUCCUUGUAAAUUAUCGGGGAUAUUGCUAAUUGAUUUUUUGAAACAAUGAUAUAUAUAUGUGUGUGUGUGUGUGUGGGUGUGAGGUGUGUGUAUUUAUUUGUUUUUUCGACGAUCUUUUCGAAAACGUCUCUCUUUUUCUUAAAGCGAAGAAAAUUUAUUCAAAUAUUGUCAUCCUUUUGAAAGAAUAAGAAAAAGAAAGAAAAAGAAAAAGAAUAGUUAAAACUGAAAGCUUAGAUUUUUAUUCGCGUUCCAGAGAAUAGAGAGUAGAGUUCGUUUUAUUGGAAUUACUAAUUUCACGCGGAUCGAUCGUGCUCGAUCAGUGUAUUAGAAAUUAGCCUGUCCAACGAGAACUUUGUCAGUACACAUUGCAUGUGAUUUUCAACGAGCAUAAUAAUAAUAAUAAUAAUAAUAAUACUAAUAAUAAUAAUAAUAAUAAUAUAUGCGUGUAUAUAUAUUAAUAUUAAUAUUAAUAUUAAUAAUAAUCGCGAGCACAUACACACGCACAGAUACACAUACACACACGUACAGAGAGAGAGAGAGAGAGAGAGAGAGAGAGAGAGAGAGACACAGAUACAAAAUGCGAAAUUAAAAAUAAGCGUUCGACAGUUCGUCGAUGAUCCUUCGAUUUUUUGUGGUCACUGCCUAAACAGUGUUGAAACAAUUGUUACAAGAAAAUUUCACAGGGGCAAUAACAUCAAAAACUGACUUUGAACUCUGGAAUAUUUCUUCUUUUCUGCACUUGUAAAUCGAAAGAAUAAUUGUAAGUCCAGAGAAUGUUUCAAGAGGAAUUUGAGAAAUUCCUAACGACGUUUUAAAGAAACGCGUUUAGAAACGCGCCAGUCCACACACGUGAAGUGAAAAUUAUAUAUACAUAUAUAUACAUAUAUAUAUAUACACACACACCAUUAUACUGUCUAAUACAUACAUACUUUACUUUAGCGAAAAUCGGCUCUAUGUAGAGUACAUACUACUUAUAUAUACAUAUAUAUAUAUAUAUAUAUCUAUACAUAUAAUUAUAUAUAAUAUAUCUAUAUAUAUAUAACUAUAUAUAUAUAUAAUAUAUAUAUACACAUAUAUUUUCUUACCGGAACGUUAGUCGACCUAGUCUUAUCGAGUUUCUCGAGGGUGCCACAUGUACACACUUAUGGAUCAGAUUAGCCCGAGAAGGACAAGAGAGAAUCAAGUGUAUAGGAUUUAAGUGAUAUUGUUGGGAAGGAGAUAGAGGUUAAAAUCACGUUGCAAGGAAGAAAACGAAUUUUUAAUGAGAAAUAUAGCAACAGAAAGAGAUAGAAAGAGACAGAAAGAGAGAGAGAGAGAGAGAGAGAGAGAGAGAGAGAGAAAGAGUAACAGAGAGAGAAAUAGAGAAAGAGAAAGAGAGAGAGAUAUACAUACAUACGUACAUACAUAAAUAUAUAUGUAGAUACAUACGAGAGAGCUGAACUGUGUCGAGCGAAGAAAAAGCAAUACGUGGAGCCGGCCUUCGUUUAAUUGAUUUAUCUUCUGGAUUAAUUAUUAAAAAUUCUUCGUCUGUAUACUUGUCGUUUGUAUUACUCCGAAAGGUUCGAAAGAGAGUUACUACAUACUCAUAUAUACCUAUGUAACAUCCAACAGAGAUGUCCAAGUAUAUAUAUAUAUAUAUAUAUAGAUUUUAGUAAUAUACGGAUGAUGAACACAGCCAUCGCCGACAAUAACGUUUUAGCAUGUUAGCAUAUAUGUACGUAUAUAUAUCGGAUGAUACGUAGUAGAGAUACGAGUUGACCCUCGUUUUUUUUUUUAUUUGUAAUAAAUAAAGAAAAAGAAAGAAAUAAAAAAAAAAAAAAAAAAAAAAAAAAAAAAAGAAAAACAAGGAAAAAAAAAGAACAAAAUUUCAUUAUCGUUAUCUUCGUCGCUCGUCCGGCUGAGCUUUCGUUAUUUUGAUGAAACAAAAAAGAAAAUAGGAAAAACAAGAAGAAAAAAAGAUGGAAAAAAGAAAACGAUAGAGAAAGGAGUUCUCGAUCGUUCGCGGACAAAUAUCUAAUUUUAAGUUAAAAGAAAGAUUAGAAGAGUGUAUCGUAUAUAAUCGAUGACUCUGUGAGUUUGAUUAAUCAAGGCCAUUCUCAAGUGGCUGGUAGAAACUCUCUCUCUCUCUCUCUCUCUCUCUCUCUCUCUUUCUCUCUUGCUCUCUCCUUCUCUCUUGGAUAUAACUUUUACAAUUUUAAACGUAAGUGGACCUUGAUAUUUAAUACAAUGAUGAUCUGAUGAUCUUUUCGAUACGACCGACAUAACGAUUUCUAUUAUGAUAAAAGGCAUUAGAUUUCUAUUGUUUCUACUUUUUCUUUCUUUCUUUUCUUUCUCGCUUUUCUUUCUUUUUUUACGUUCUUGCUAACACAAAACAAUCUACAGGGUUGAAGUUUCAUCUAAUUAGAAGAAAUAAAAAAAAGGAGAAAAGAAAGUAGAAGGACGGUGUAUAUAUAUAUAUAUAUAUAUAAAGAGACACAUGUAUACAUACAUACAUACUUUCACGAAUAUAUAUCUACAUAUAUACAGGGUCGUAUUUGAAAUCAGUACGAUCUGAAUUUUUCUAAGCACACAUUGAAAGAAGAAAUACGGUGAAUUUGUAUUUCAAUUUAAUCUAAACGUACGAUCUUAGAAAGAUUAUAGAAUUUUCUUGCGACAAACAGGAGUCGUGUUUUUUGUUAUAUGUACGUGCUUACAACCAGUUAUUAUUAUUAUUAUUAUUAUUAUUAUUAUUAUUAUUGUUGUUGUUGUUGUUAUUGUUUUUGUUGUUGUUGUUGUUAUUAUUAUUAUUAUUAUUAUUAUUAUUAUUAUUAUUAUUAUUAUUAUUAUUAUUAUUAUUAUUGACUAAAUGAUUUGCUUUUUAAAGAUAAAGAAACAAGUAAAGUGCAUCGGGAUGCACAUGCAGUUAUGUAAUCUGUAUGGACUUCUUAUCUAGCUCUAUCUCUUUCUUUCUCUCUGUCUCUCUCUCUCUCUCUCUCUCUAUCUCUAUCUCUCCUUCUUUUUCCGAGACAAACAGUAUGUUAAUGAUGUUAUUACCAUACUUUUAAUUUUGUAAUAACAAUACAAGCAUACCAAAGAAAAGAAAACAUAUAUAUAUAUAUACAUAUAUAUAUAUGUGUAUAGUUAAAUAUUAUACAAUAAAAAUGUAUAAAAAAAAAAAAAAAAACAUACAUACAUAUGGACGCCAUGUUCGUUCAAAAAAAUUUCUUGUACGAAAGUGGUAAUUUUCUUCGUAAAACUUUAUAGAUAAUAAAUAAAUAAGACGAACGGAGUAGAACUAAUCUCUCUAUGAGGGUCUUGGGUGGGUUGGGUUUUUCUCUCUUUACGGGUGCUGCGGGAUUUUACGAUAGAGCAAUUAUUUUCGUAAGGUUUUUAUACGGUUGAAAAACGACGGGAUAUUGUUAUAAUGAGCCGGCGAUAUAUGUAUAUCUAAAUAAAAAUGAUCGAGAGAUAUUCUAUCCUCCUAUUCAUAUCCAAUUGUAAUUAACCGGAGGAUACGAAUAAUCUCAUUAGUUUAUUAAAAUGAAAAGUAUAAUAAUAAUAAUAAUAAUAAUAAUAAUAAUAAUAAUAAUAAUAAAUAAAUAAUUGUAAAAGGAAGAAAAGAUACGUGUUUUUUUAGGAUUGAUAUAUGAAAAGAAUGAAAAAUUCAUAAGAUUCGUCGUUCAUCUUUAAAUAUGUCGAUUGAGCUGAUAGUAUUUAGAUUAAAAAAAGAUAAAGAUAAAGAAUCGAGAUGUCGGAUAAAAUGCGAGAUGAUACUGAGAUUGUUUUCGAUAGUAUGUUUUACGUGUAUGUUUCAUUGUGAAAUGCAAGGGAUGUUUUUACGAAAAUGAAUAUAAUAUAUGUAAUAUAAUAUGUAUAUAUAUUAUAUAUAUACACAUACACAUGCAUAUAUGUUUGUAAUAGGUGCAUUAAGAAUUAAGCGUACGGUUUACCUGUCUGCAUGUAAAUAGAUAAUUAUUUAUUAUAUUAUCUAACGUUACUAUUAUAUACCGUUGUUAUACGAUACUUGCCGUAAAAAAAAAAUAGUACUAAAAAGUUAUCUUCCUUUGCUCUCUCUCUCUCUUUCUCUUUUUCUCUCUGUCUCUUUCUCUCUCUCUCUGUUUAUUUUUCUCUAUUUUUUUUUCAAUUAUCGUAAAUUUGUAAAUAUUUGCGAUAUGUUCUUUUCUUUCUUUUUCUUUUUUCCUUUUAUAUGUUUUAGCAUGCAAUUAAUUCAUUUGUAUAAAUUCAGUUCUCUGUGCACCGUUCUAAAAAAAUGAUCUCGAUUAAUUGUUUAUAUAAUAUAAUAGCUAUAGAAACGAUGAGCGAGGUUUCCAAAAAGGAAAAGAAAAAGAAAAAAAAAUAAUAAAAAAGAGACAUUCUUGUUUUUCUUUCUUAGCCAUGCGAAAAAUUAUUAAAUAAGUUCCAUGUCGUUAAGCGAAUAAUUAUAAAUCGAUAUACAAGAAUACGUAAUAAUGUUUAAUAAAAACGAAUACAAUGGAAAACAUAUAUAUAUAUAUGUGUGUGUAUACAUAUAUAUUAUAAUGAAUAUAAUGAUGUAUCACGAUUGAAAUUGUAAAGUUUAAAAUAAUUAGUACAUCUUUUUAAGAUAUAUUAUCUACAUAAUAUUUAUUUAUACAUUUUCUUACGGAUAAACUUUAACUAAAGUUCUAGUUUUCGAAAGCUCUUGGAAUCUGAGAAAUUAAUCCGAUUAAUAUCGUUCUUCAUUGUAUUUGUAAAAGAAAAGAAAAACGGAAAAUGGAAAAAAAGAUGAACAAAAUUAAGAAAAGAAAAGAAGAAGAAAAAGAAGAGCAAGAGAGAUUUUAUAAAAGUUUCAAAAUUAGUUUGAGACAUUCGAAAUUAGCCAAAAAAAAAUAAAGAGAGAGAGAGAGAGAGAGAGAGAGAGAGAGA